AUGGAUAUUUCAGCACUGUGCUCUACGUCUUCAGAAGAGUGCGAUGCAUUGCCGUCACCCCAUUCGCCAACAAGUCCUCACCGUCCAGAGUCAGAUGCACGUGCUUUGGAACAACUCGAUCAUGGAGCACCCAACACCAGCACACAACCCACUUUCCGAAUGACUUCCAAUGUGCAAUUACCAAAGUUACGAUACCCUACUUCGGCACCACCACCACCAGCAGCAACAACAACGACGACAACUACGCCAACAACUAGUAUCCAUGAAUAUCUUCCAGUACCUUCUGUAAAUAGCAGCACCCUAUUACAUGAUACAUCAAAAACAUCCAUAUCACCCGAUACUACACCAUUACCGCCUUAUUCGCCAAUACAGCCAUGUGUGGAUAUAAAUCAAAUCAUUGGGCAAUGUGCUUCUCUAUGUCAAGACUUGGAUCGGUGUAGAGAUCAGGAUUGGAGAUCGCGAUCGGAAAUUGACUGGCAACAGCUCUUGGACAACGCCGCACACACAGCACAAAGUUUAUUAUCAUCUCUUGGAAUGCUUCAGGAACACCAAUUAAGAACCGGUCAAAAACGGUCUCACAAUGAUGCUGAAAUAGAGGUCAAGGAUUCAGAGUAUGCCUUGAUUCGUCAGGCUAGACCACCACAAGAUGACACUAUACGACCAAAGAUCAAACGACGUACGAAGCGGAGCACUGCAGGACAGCGGUGCCAUUCGUGUCACACUACAGAAACGCCCGAAUGGCGACGAGGACCUGAUGGUGCGCGGACAUUGUGUAAUGCUUGUGGAUUGCAUUAUUCAAAGCUGCUUAGGAAAGGUGCCUUGACGGUCCAAUCAGAUCGACAAUUGCUUGAAAAUGGCACAGCUAAAAUCAAUGCGACACCUAUCAAUCGGCCGAAUAUAUCCAUUGUGCACUACCCGAUCAUUCAAGUACAAGCAAAGCCGGCAGGCAAUGGAAGAGGAGAUGGGAUACGAUUCAUCAACAGGCAACUCAGCUAUCCUCAGCGAAAUGAUUCAAAGCCUUACAACCAUAGCAAUAGCCCAUCCACCACUAGUUUUAUUCAUGAUCAUCAUGUUACUACCACAGCUAAUUCAACAGCACGUAUAGUCGAAAUUGAGGAGGAAUAA